UGUCAUUCACCGUUAUAACACAUUGAAAAAAAUUUCUGCCGAAGAAGCCUCCAACAUGGUUCCUCGAGUUGUUAUCUUUGGUGGAAAAGCUGCACCAGGCUAUUACAUCGCCAAAUUGGUCAUCAAACUGAUAAACAGUGUUGCUGAUGUCGUGAACAAAGACCAAUCUAUUCAUGAUUUGCUGAAGGUCGUUUUCAUUUCUCAUUAUAAUGUUUCUGUUGCCGCA